AUUUUUAAUUCCGCAUAAAGUAAAAUAUCCUGAAAACAGAAAAAUUCAGUGUUUUCGGAUUCUCCUUUAAAAACGACAAAAGCAUCUACAGAGAAAUCUGACCGCAAUAAUGGCGAAUAACGAAGAUUCAAACUCCAAUGGACUAGACUCGUUUGAUGCUGUUAAACAACGUUUCAAAGAUCGAUCAAAGAAAGUUGUUCAGACGAGAGAGUUGUUGUCUAAACAAGCGGUACAAACGCGUGAGAUCUUAUCGAAACAAGCCGUUAAGAUCGCUAAACAAGCCGAAGAACAUGAGAGAUUCAUCAAUAAGGUGACACAUCUCGUUGGUGUGCUUGGAUUUGGAGGUUUUUGUUUCCUACUUGGUGCAAGACCUCAAGACAUUCCUUUAGUUUACUGUUUCUUCUAUGUGAUCUUUGUUCCUCUUCGAUGGAUAUAUUACCGGUUUAAGAAAUGGCAUUAUUAUCUUCUGGACUUUUGCUACUAUGCCAAUACAAUCUUCUUGGUUGAUCUUCUUCUGUAUCCUAAGAAUGAAAAGCUUUUCAUGGUUUGCUUUUCCUUUGCUGAGGGACCAUUGGCGUGGGCGAUUAUUGUCUGGCGUUGCAGUCUGGUUUUUAGUUCGCCGGAUAAGAUUGUUAGUGUUCUUAUACAUCUCUUACCUGGGCUCGUGUUUUUCACGAUUAGGUGGUGGAAUCCAGCGACUUUUGCAGCUAUGCACCCUGUAGGCACUGAUCGUAGGGUUUCAUGGCCUUAUGUUGAAGACAAAGCUUACCUAUUCACAUGGCUGUUUCUCGUCCCCUUAGUCGUUUAUACUCUUUGGCAAGUGCUCUAUUUUCUAAUCGUCAAUGUCCUGCGUAGGCAGAGACUCCUUAGAGAUCCUGAAGUUAUGACUUCUUACAGAGAGCUGUCGAAGAAAGCUGAAAAGGCAAACAAUAAGUUGUGGCAGCUGAGCGGUCUGCUAGGGGAUCAGAAUCGUAUAUGGAUGUACAUCCUAUUCCAGGCCAUCUUCACGGUGGCAACCAUGGCAUUGACCGUACCGAUCUUCCUAUCUUAUAGACUUCAUGUGAUCUUUCAGAUCCUAAAGAUUUCUGCGGCUGUGUGGAACGGAGGGAGCUUUUUACUAGAGGUAAUGCCACGGCAAGUGAUCCAGAAAGAGAAGAAGAAGAAAGCUGAGAUGCAGCCGAUAGAGGAGCAGAUACUACAUCAUGAAGCUGUGUCACAUCCGACUGAGAAUGAGCCAAAAUCUACUGAAACAUGAUCAUGGUUCUAACAAAAAGGUACAUGUAAAAUAAAGUUUUCAAAGGUGAAUCAUGAUUGGUGUUUUUUUUGUUCCUCAUGUUUUGUUCUAUAACUGUUUGUUUCUCUUGUUGCUAUACAUCAUUCUAAAAGCUUAAUGUAUGUGAAUGAUCUUGUAGUUUAUUUUUUCUAAAGAAACUUGUUAUUUACUCUUUAGCCAAAGUUUUGAUCCUGUUUCGCUAGGACAUUCUGGCCUUAAAAUUGCAUUAUGAGAGAUUUAACUAUAUUUUUAACGCGUUUUCGAGAAAGGAAAAUCUUCGGAUUUCAGCGAAGUAGAUUGGGAUAAGUUCUCCUUGAGACGCGGAUUUUGUUUUCUGUUUCUGCUGUACAAAACAACCAUCACUAAAGAUCAUAACAUUCAUGUGUUUGAUAGUGCAUAGUUCUCGAACAUGUCGUUACCAGCCGCGGAAUAAGCUUAAUAAGUAUGCCGAUAGCAUUAUGAAAUCCAUCAUGUCCGAUACGACUAUUGUUCAGUGGAGAUGAAGCUUAAUAACUUGAGUUCCGCCAAAGAAUUCACUCAAAAAUCGACCAUGAAGAGGAUUUUGAUCGAUGCAAAUCGCCCCUGUAACGAGCUGAUUUGGAAGAAGACUCAAGAACCACCAAUUUGCACCGUACGGUCAAAUUGAGUCAAACCAAACCGAAGAGCCCCCUGAUGUACUUGAAGACUUUCUGCUGAUUAUAUUCACCCUCAUGAAAAGACUACACGACGUUUAGAAGCUGCGACUUUAACUUAGCUCUCGACGCCAUCACCGAAGAUCCUCCAUUAUAGCCUAACGGCUAGAAUCAUCACGCUCCUCUCUUUAUUUCGCAUUAUUCGGUUUCCUUUUCUAAGUUUUAGACCAUUGUUGUACUUUUCAAUUUAAGCUCUUUGAUUCUCUACUUUGUAUUCACGCUUUGAUCAAUUGAAAUUCAGUUUGUU